AUGCAAAGUUACAAGUGCUUCAGGAAAAAUGCACGCCUACCACAACACUUUUUUUGUCAACAUGUUUCAACUUUAAACAAAAAAAACCACCUCAUCAGUUGCGAAGACGAGAAAAGAACCAGAAAAAUAGCAGAGCACGUGUACGCUACCUUGGUAGCUAGCCAUCAUACUAAUCACAACUGUCAGAAGAACGCACAAAAUGAACCCACCCCGAGCUCCCUAAAAAGAAUCAUCUCGUCGUAUUUGUUACGUAAAAUAAAAAAAAUAAAGAAAGCGCAAAAUUCGACAGGUACUGAAGUAGCUAAGGAGAGUACCCCCUUGGUUCAUGGGCUACCUGGAAGUAGAAGCUACGCUGCUGCCUCACCGCAUUGCCUCCAGCGUAGGUUUUACCACCCCCAAAAGUAUCUCCCAAAAAAUGGACCAACCCUAAACAACGCACACCACCAUUUUAGCUACACACGUAGCAGUCGAAAAAAGGGAGGAGCUCCCAAUAAUAUCUCCCCCUGUGCACCCAACCGCAACACAAGAGAUGACAAAAAUGAAGAGCAUCAUCGCGAAGUUGUUCACUCCCGGAAGUAUGCCAAGUGCAAUGAUGUGGUGCAUCCAACGUAUUACCCUCUCCAAAGAGGGAUAACAAACAAGUGUCUACAUCUCUAUGUCCCCCUGAAAUGGUUUGGAACGAACGUGGGGAAGGAGAGCCAAGGGGAACGAGCCGCUUUUCGGGAUAAAGCCGAGAAGGAGGGGGCCGAAUCUGAAUGGGGCGCCUACAGGAGCGAUCACACCGCGAGUAGCAGUCCCGCCGCGAGUAGCAAUCCCACCGAGAGUAGCAAUCCCACCGCGAAUGGCAACCCCGCCGCGAAUGGCAGCCACGGCGGAGAACGCCCAGACGCCCCCCAUGAAGAAUACGAAAAGCUAAAAAUAAAAGAAUUGGAAAAAAUAUUGAACACCCUGGAAAAGAUAAACGAAAAUAAAAACAGCAAAAUAAACGUAAACAUAAAAAUCUUAGUUGUUUCCCUUGUGACCUGCUUGAAUAUGUUUCUGUAUAUCGUCUUUACCACCCUCGUCACAAAAAGGAGAACCAUCAUCAGGAAAUUUAUGAACAAGUCAGAACAAAACACGUUUAAUAUUUUUUUAGAUUCAAUCCAAAAUGUCGAACAAGUAAAAUACUAUACAAACGAAAUGCACGAAUUGAAAAAAUUUAUAAAAGAGCAAAAGAAAUAUGAAAGGGAAGCCAUUAAUGUUCAGAAAUCUUUAUCCCUCCUAAAUUUUGGCCAACAGAUUAUUCUAAAUUUUAAUCUUUUCCUGUGUCUUUACCUAACGUAUAUAAAUAUAGCCAAUGAUGUUUUCCCCUUCAGUUACCUUAUCCUGGUGAAUACACUUCUUUUUCAGCUAGCUAUGCCUCUGAACAUGUUUGGGACUAUCUACCGAGAAACCAAACUGAGUCUUGUCGACAUAGAAUGCAUGAUCAAAAUUCUUGUCAAGAAAAUUCAGUCGCUAGACUAUUCCAGCAAAUUAGAAAUACAAACCGGCAACAUCAAAUUUGAAAACGUCUCCUUUAAGUACCCCCUCAUGGAGGAAAAAAACGACUCGGAGCUUCGAACAAGUGAGGGAGACAACCAAAAUGGAGUGCCUACAAAAAGCAUAUCCAAAUUCUCCCAACUUUUCAAAACCAUGAGGGAUAAGUUUUUCUUCCCCAAAAAAUGGCUCAACUCAGGGGAGCAGCCAAUUCCACCCAUGAGCGAAGAAAUAAAGAACAACUUAAAGAACGCACUUAGGGAGAGCAUCCAAACAACAUCUCUCACCUCGACAACGAAUGAACCCAAGAGAGACACAAAUCAAAAAGAAAAUAACUAUAUCUUCCAAAACUUCACGUGUAAUAUUGAAAAUGGAGAAAAGGUAGCCAUCAUAGGGAAAAGCGGAUUGGGAAAAAGCACACUCAUAAAAUUGCUGCUGAAAUUUUACGAAAUAAAUAGUGGCAAUAUAUACAUUGAUAAUAAAAAUAUUGAAAACAUAAAUCUGUACACUUUGCGAAAGAACAUAAGUGUAGUUCCGCAAGACACCAUCCUUUUCAACAACACCAUUUCGUACAAUAUAAAGUAUGGCAAUUUUCAAUGUACAGAUAAACAAAUGAUUGAUGCUUGCGUGCAGUCAGAAUUACAUGAAAAAAUUUUGCAAAUGGAUAAACAGUAUGAUACUCUUGUUGGGGAAAGAGGCACCAAAUUAUCCAUUGGAGAAAAACAAAGAAUUUGCAUAGCUAGAUGCUUUUUAAAAAAUUCAAAAAUUAUCGUCCUUGAUGAACAUGCAAGCAAUUUGGACAAUGAAAAUAAAAAAUCCAUAGAGAAAGCGCUACAUAAAUUAUGCCUCGGAAAAACUACCUUUGUUAUUACACACCUGAUGGAAAAUCUCCAAACGAUGGAUAAAAUUAUUUUCUUCAGUGGGAAUAAUAUUUUCGUUGGCAGCCACAACGAGUUGAUGAUUGCAAAUCCUUCUUACCGGGAGUUCUUGAACUCGAGGAAUAAUCAGCUGCUGUGA